AUGUCAAAACAUACGAAGCCGUCCACCAACGAAGACGACUACUACAACCUCGGCACCCACCAUCGCCACAUCACCACAUCAGACCCAAACGCACAAAUAUGGUUCAACCGUGGUCUUGUCUGGUGCUACGGCUUCAACCACGAAGAAGCGGCAAAAUGCUUUCAACGAGUCAUUGACUACGACCCAUCAUGUGCAAUUGCCUACUGGGCCCUUGCAUACGCCCUCGGCCCUAAUUACAACAAGCCUUGGGAACUCUUUGCCAAACACGAGCUCACAAGCACUGCACAACGGACACAUCGCGCUGUGGAACAAGCCAAAGCAAAUUGUACAAAUGCCACGCCGGUGGAAAAGGCUCUCAUUGAAGCCAUUCAUUUCAGAUAUCCAAGGAUACACGCUCCCGCCAAAUCAGACUACUGUAUCUGGAACCGCGAAUACGCUGAUGCCAUGGCCGGCGUAGCUUCUCAGUUCCCAGACGACCUCGAUGUAGCCACCUUGUACGCCGACUCCAUGAUGAACCUCACCCCCUGGCAGCUAUGGGACAUCAAAACCGGCGAGCCCUCCAACGGAGCACGCACCGUCGAGAUCAAGCGGGUGCUCGACAGGGCCAUCGCCCAACAAGGCGGCGACCAACACCCAGGCCUCCUCCACCUCUACAUCCACCUCAUGGAAAUGUCACAAACACCCGAAGCAGGUAUGCCGGCAGCAGAUAAACUGCGUGGUCUUGUACCCGACGCAGGACACCUCAACCACAUGCCUUCUCACCUGGACAUCCUUGUGGGCGACUAUGCCCGCGCCGUCACCGCCAACACAGAUGCCAUUCUCGCAGACGAAAAGUUCCUCCGCCGCGAAGGUCCCAUGAACUUUUACACCCUUUACCGCAGCCACGACUACCACUUCCGCCUCUACGGCGCCAUGUUCUCCGGCCAGUCUAAAAUCGCCUUUGAAACUGUCGACAUGCUUGAGGCCAGCAUUUCUGAGGAGCUUCUUCGCGUGGAAACUCCUCCCAUGGCAGACUGGCUAGAAGCAUUCCUGGCCAUGCGCGUCCACGCACUCAUCCGCUUUGGAAAGUGGCAAGAAGUUCUGGCCCUAAAACUACCGCAAGACAAGGACUUAUACUGCGUCACCACAGCGCUUCUCCACUACGCAAAGGGCGUGGCAUACGCCGCGCUGAACCGGGUCGAAGAAGCAAACAUGCAUAGAAAGCUGUUCCGCGAAUCAGUGCCUCUUGUUAAACCCUCAAGGACGCUGUUCAACAAUAAAUGCGUCGACAUUCUGGACGUAGCAGAGGCCUUACUGAACGGCGAGAUCGAAUACCGCUGCGGUAAUUACGACGCUGCAUUCGCGCAUCUACGAGAAGCCAUAUUGCGCUACGACUGGUUACCGUUUGACGAACCGUGGGGGUGGAUGCAGCCCGUUCGUCAUGCCUACGGCGCAUUGUUACUGGAGCAGGGCCACGUCGAGGAGGCAUUGGGCAUUUACAAGGCUGACCUGGGAUUAGAUGAUACAUUACCUAGGGUACAUCGGCAUCCCAAUAACUGA